UUUGUGUGUGUAUGCAUGUGUGGGGGGGGGUCUACUUUAGUGGCUGAGUGUCUCUCUGGUGGCUACAGUCCACAGAGACACAGCCAACAUGGGUCCGUGGAUGCUUCACAGCAUUUUAUUUCUCCUGCUUGUCUGUAAAUCCAACGGACAGAUGGACUUUAUGAGAAGACGCCACUGGGAACACAGAUUUACACCAUUUGACAGAUAUCAUCCAUUCCUUGAGAAUCCAGAUGUAAAAGACACAGUUCAAGCUACACCAAGGUUCACCCUACUGGCUCCAGACCUGCUGAGGACAGACAGCCAGGAGAACAUCUACCUGCAGGCUGAUGGCCAGUCCAGUCCCAUUACCGUCUCCAUCUCCAUUCAGGACUUCAGUAAGAUGGCCACGCUUCUCCAGGACUCUGUCACUCUAAACCCGGACAACGGCUUCCAAGCUCUCAAGACUUUACAGCUUUCUUCGGAUCAUUUGAAUCGCGAUGAGAAAAAGAAAAAGUUUGUGUACCUGAAGGUGAACUUUGGCAGCCUCCACUCAGAGGAGAGGUUACUGAUGGUGUCGUUUCACUCUGGAUACAUCUUCAUCCAGACAGACAAACCCAUCUACAACCCUGGAGACACCGUUCAGUUCAGAGCCUUUGUGUCGUCUCCUUCCUUUAAGGCCUUUGACACUUCCAUCACAAUGGAUUUUAAGAAUCCAGACGGUGUUGUAGUUAAACAGAUACUCAGGAUGAGAGCCAUCAAUGGCAUCUUUGCGAACAAGUUCCCUCUCUCUGAAAUUGUUAGUGAAGGAACAUGGACGGUGAUUGCAAAGUUCGACGAUUGGCAGCAGAACACCUUCACCUCGCAGUUUGAAGUGAAGAAAUACGUGCUUCCUGCUUUUAACGUUACCUUGACACCCAGGAAGUCCUAUCUCGACCUGGACGACAGUGAGCUGGAAGUAGAGGUCUCGGCCAGGUACCUGUAUGGGGAACCGGUCCAGGGAACGGCCUAUGUGGUGUUUGGAGUGAAGAUCAACACAGAGAUGACACGGCUUCCUUCAGUGAAGCAGGUGUCAGAUCUGGAUGGAGGUGUCGUCAGGCUCAGCAUGGAGGAGAUCAAGAGAGCGUACCCCGACAUUAGGUCCUUGGUGGGAAAUUCAGUGUACGUCAAGGCCUCUGUGCUCACCAAGACAGGCAGUGACCUGGUUGAAGCCGAAAAGAGCGGGAUAAAAAUCGUGGAGUCUCCGUAUGUCCUAUCCUUCAAAAUACCAAAGUACUUCAAGCCUGGCCUUCCCUUUGACUUUACAAUCCAGGUGAGCCACCACGAUGGUUCCCCGGCCCACAAUGUUGAGGUCAAGGUGAACUUGUUGGAUGCUCCGCUGGUCGUCACCUUCGGAACUGCCAGAGCCACCAUCAACAUGCCCGCCAGGCAACACCCUCAAAUUAUUACUGCUGAGACCACAAAGGCUGGUCUGAGACCAGACCAACAGGCCAAAAACAAGGUGCUUGUUCUACCGUACCAGAGCUUCAACCGGCGCCGAGCGAACUAUCUGUACAUCUCCAUGGGGACCAACACGGCGUCUGUUGGAGACAUUCUGUCCGUGAAGUUGACCAUCAGUGCAGCUGAGUCGACAAACAGAGGCGCCAUCAAACACAUCACCUACCUGGUGCUCAGCAAAGGCAAAAUCAUAAACGCCGGACGUGUGGAUGUGACUGGUCAAUUGUUGACUGCCGUUGCGCUGGUGGUCAAACCGGAGAUGAUGCCAUCAUUCCGUUUUGUGGCUUUCUACAGCAUCCCCUGGGUGGGGCGUGAAGAGGUGGUGUCAGACUCUAUCUGGGUGGAUGUGGUAGAUUCCUGUGUUGGAGGGUUGAAAGUUGGGCCAGUGGACGGCAUUCAUCGAGACUAUGCCCCUGGGAAGAAAUUUCGUUUUCAGGUCAGAGGUGACCCGGGGGCAAACGUCAGCCUUGUGGCUGUGGACAACGCUGUCUACCUGCUCAACAAAGACAGGCUCACACAGAGAAAGAUGUGGAACGUGGUGGAGCACGGAGACUUUGGCUGCACCCGCGGGGGGGGCCAAGACGCCAAGGGGGUGUUCAGAGAUGCCGGACUUCUCUUUUCUUCCAGUGCCGGAUACAAAACUGGAACCAGAGAAGCCCUGCAGUGUCGCAGCAGUACCAGGAGGAGGCGCUCUGCUGAGCUGCUAAAGCGUAAAGCUCAGCUGGAGAGUCUCUACAAGGAAAAGCUGCAGCAUCGUUGCUGUAAGGACGGCCUUAGGGAGAUCCCCAUGCCCUACUCUUGCACACGCCGGUCCCUCUACAUCACCGAGGGCUGGGAGUGUAUCCGGGCCUUCAGAUACUGCUGUGCCACUUACAGGGACCAGCUGUUUGACACUGAGGUUCCCACCACCCCACCACCCAUCACCACAACACCCCCCACAACCAGCGCGCCACCCAGACCCACUUUUUCCUUUCGCUUUACUUCAGUGGGCCUCAGUCCAAGGCGUCAUAACAGAGUUUAUUCCAGCCCAGGCUUAGUAUCAAUACAAUCAAGUGGGCGCAUGACCAAUGAAAAUAAAGACUACAUGAUGGAAAGACAUAUGGUGGAGGGGCAGGCAGCACCAGAGGAGGAGGAGGAGGAAGAUGAAGAGGAAGAGGAAGAGGGGGAGUACCUGGAUGAGAGUCAGGUGUAUCUGCGUUUCAAGUUCUACGAGUCGUGGCUGUGGACGAUUGUGAACCUGCCGAGCACAGCAGACACAGACGGCUUGGCGACUGUGAACAUGGAGAACCCUUUACCUGACAGCAUCACAGAGUGGGGAGUUCUGGCCAUUAGUGCUUCGCCUCACACAGGUUUCUGUGUGGCCGAGCCAUACAACGUCAGAGCGUGGAAGCAUUUCUUUGUGGACCUGAGGCUGCCGCAUUCAGUGGCGAGGAAUGAACAGGUCGAGAUCAAAGCUGUGAUCCACAACUACGGCUCCGACGACCUGCAUGUGAGGGUGGUGCUGAUGAAGACGCAGGACAUGUGCAGCAUCGCCUUUAAGGACAGACACACACAGGAAGUGAUGUUGCCGGCCGGCACUUCCAAGGCGGUGCCUUACACCAUCGUGCCGCUGGUGGUGGGGAAACUUCCUCUAGAGGUGCUGGUGGUCGGCAGAGACAUGAUGGGAGGAGACCACAUCCAGAAGUUUCUACGAGUGGUGCUGGAUGGAGUGCAGAAGACUGAAGUGCGGAGUUCAGUGUUGAAUCCGUCUGCUGAAGGAGGAACACAGACGGUUCGUGUGGAGAGGAUCAAGCUGGAGUCAGUCGUGCCAAACUCUGUCCCGGAGACAUUCAUCAAUGUCAGAGGCAACGUGUUGGCAGACAGCAUCGAUAACUCCAUCAGUGAUGACUCUCUGGCAUCUCUGAUCCAGAUGCCCGGCGGCUGCGUGGAGCAGAACUUGGCCAGAAUCACUCUGCCGCUCAUCGCCACUCUUUACCUGGAGCGAACCAACGACUGGGAGAGCGUGGGGGUGCAGCGCAAGGCUGAGGCUAUCCGAUACAUCAGGAGAGGCUAUGAGAACCAGCUGGCGUACAGAAAGCCUGAUGGCUCUUACCCCCCCUACAGGCGUGAAGGUGCAAGCACAUGGAUCACAGCAUACGUGGUGAAGGUGUUCUCCAUGGCUCACUCUAUCAUCGGCAUCAACGAGCAGCAAGUGUGCGACCCUCUGAUCUACCUGGUGAAGAACAAACACCGCUUAGUUCCGGGAAAGUUUGUGGAGGACAACCCUGUUUACAGCACUACCAUGACUGGCGGACUCAGAGGCGACGACCCUGAAACAACCCUGACAGCCUUCGUCCUCAUAGCGCUCGCUGAGUCCAAGCAGGCGGGGAUCCGCUGCGCGAGUGCAGAUGUAAACUUGGAUAUGAUCAUUGAAAGGACAGCCAAGUACCUGAUGAAAGCACUGCUUUUGCCGGGGAGGAGGCCGUACACUGUGGCCAUCGCCUCCUACGCCCUGGCUCUGGUGGAGAAGGAUCGUUUCAGCCUGACGUGGUUACUCAGAGCAGCAGCUCCAGGUGGCAGUCACUGGCCCGACAGUCAUAAUGACUUGUUCACCCUGGAGGCAACCGGCUACGCCUUGCUGGCUCUGGUGAAGUUGGGAAACAUGGAGCAAGCAGCAGUAGCGUUCAAAUGGCUGAACAGCCAGCGACGAAGAGGCGGCGGCUUCGGUUCCACUCAGUCCACCAUGGUGGUGCUCCAAGCGCUGUCAGAGUACCAGAUCAACAAACCCCCUCCCGGCGACCUCAGUCUGGAUGUGGACGUCAGGAUUGCGGGUCGCAAGGAAAUCCGUUACCAUUUCAACCCCAGCACCACCUACGCUGCUCGCUCCUCCAGGCUGCCUGCAAAUCUUGAUCUUGAGGUGGAGGCUCGAGGGAACGGACAGGGGAUCCUGGAGGUUGUGACCUAUUACAACCAAGUGCAUGAGGUGGAUGAGAAAAGACCCUGUGAACACUUUGAGCUCAACGUCACCAUUGAAGAAUCCAGUGAGAAGCCUCCAGCAGAUGCAGAGAAGUCCUACCAGAUCACCAUCAAAGUGAGAGCGCUGGGACCCAGAGACGUGAGGAUGGUCGUCCUGGACGUCAGUCUGCCCACCGGCUUCACCCCAGAAAACUCAGACCUGGAGAUGUUGUUGAACUCAGUCGACCGUUACAUCAAUAACUUCCAGAUUGUUGAUAACCUGAGUGACAGAGGCUCCCUGAUCAUCCACCUCUUCAAGGUGUCCCACAAAGAGCCAGAGAUCCUGAUCUUCAGGCUCCAGCAGAGCUUUAAAGUCGGCCUCCUCCAGCCAUCCUCUGUUACUGUCUAUGAGUACUACAGCCCAGAUCGUCGCUGCAGUCGCACCUACACUCCCAGAGAGGACAAGGAGGAGCUCACUCAGAUCUGCAGAGACAACGUCUGCCGCUGCACACAGGGUGACUGCUGCUUCCCCAAAGCCGACAGUGAAAGUUUCUCCACCGGUGUCAGAGAGACGUUUGCCUGCAAGAGUUUACACCAUGUUUUCCGGGUGAAGGUGCUGAGUGUCAGCCAGAGUUACUAUGACAAAUACGAGAUGGAGAUCACACAAGUGAUCAAACUGGGUGUGGAGGCUGGAGUGAAGGUCGGUCAGGAGAGGAUGUUCAUGUCUCACGGAGGAUGCAGAGAGGGACUCAACCUGACGCCAGGCUCCCAGUACCUCAUCAUCGGCCCCAAAGAAGACCAGUGGAACAUUGACAGCGACACAAACAGAUUCAUCUACAUGUUGGGGAAGGACACGUGGGUGGAGCGCUGGCCCUCGUCUGCAGAGUGCUCCACCAGUCCGAGCCUGGGGGCUAAAUGCAAAGGUCUCCAGGAUGCUGCACAGGAACUGUCCACCAACGGCUGCAGGCUGUAGCUGUGUCUCGUUUCAGUCAGAACUUCUUUUGUUUUCCUCGCAACAAAAUUAAAUUGACUUCUGAACUAAAUUCUGUUUAUGAUCACAGGCAUUAGGGGGAAGUGUUGUGAAGCUAAAUUAGUAUUUUAUUCAUUCUUUGUUUGUGUUGAUUCUGUAUUUGUUGAAUCAAAGACGUAUAUUAUAUGUGUAGUUUCCUGCUGUAAUAAACAAAUCACUUGAUUUGAAUACCAGUC